CUUUCUCAAUCAUAUGGCUUGGGGCGGUAAUGACGGUGCUGUUGACCGAUGGAUCAAGCAACUAGAAGAAAAUGAUCCAAAGUUGGUAUCACUUCAUAUUCUCAGCUUUAGACGCAUCAAUACAACAGAACUCACGCGAAUCUUCAAAGCAGUGGCAAGCAAUACCACUCUCAAGGAACUCUAUUGCUCGGGACAUGGAUUGGAUCGAAUGGCCAUGGAACAGUUAUCAGAAACCUUGACUUUAAAUGAUACUUUAGAACUUCUGAAUAUCGGUAAUGCAACGUUGGGUCGCGAUAUAUCAUUAUUUUCUAUUUUUUGUGAAGGCUUGGCUGUGAACGAAGGUCUGAAGACUUUGGAUUUGGAAAAUAAAGGACUAGGCAAACAACCUCAAACAGUUGGACUUUUGGUGAAAAGCAUACAACAACAUCCUACUUUGCAACAUGUAUACUUGGGACGAAAUGAAUUGGAUGAUCUCACGACAGAUGCUUUAGCUCAAUGGCUGACCACCACCACCACCAAUAAAGCAUCCUCAUUACGCUGUGUACGACUCAACAUGAAUGCGAUCAGUAGCCAAGGAGCCUAUUCUAUUGCACAAGCUUUAUCGGAUAAACAACAAGAUGAUGGAUUGAUAGCAUCGACUUUAGAAGAAUUGGAUCUAUCGGAAAACCCUCUUAUGGAUGGUGCUGCUGCGUUGGCCACCCAGAUCUGCACCAAAUGUACUUCUCUUUGCACCUUGAAAAUGACGAAUGUAUGCAAACCCAAGGAAGAUGAUAUGCAAUUACCACCACCUGCCAUGGAUUCGGAAGAAAUGGAACGUGCACUGGAAUCUCAUAAUGAAGCUCAACUGGAAAAGGCGGCUCCGUUUGGAAAUGCAUUGAUGAUUGCUAUCUGUCAAGGGAUGAAGAAUCAUGAUCAUUUAUCAAGUCUUUGGUUGGAUCAAAAUGGUAUUGAAUCUAGUGGUCUAGUAGAUUUGGAUGAAAAUAUCAAGGGAUUGAAAACAUUACAUUUACGCGAAAAUCGAAUUGAUAAUACUGGUGCGAUUUACUUGGCUCGAUGUACAUCAUUACAACAUGUGGAACUUGGUGGUAAUGUCAUUGGAAGUGAUGGAUUGGCAGCACUAUUAGAUACUACGACACUCGGCUAUGUAGGUUUAUUCAAUAAUCAAGUCCGUGGAUUCGGUCAUACAGAUAAACCGGAACUUCCUCGGUUUGAAACAAGUGGUGUACAUACAUUGGAUAUUGGUGGCAAUGGAAUCGAUUUACAAGAUGUGGAAGCUAUGGUUAGGAUGCUAUUGGAUAAUGGUUUACCUCGAUUGAUGUUAUUGGAAAUGGGUGGCAAUGUUGAAGACAAUGAAAUGGAAGGUUGGGAUCAAAUGAUGAAACAACUCAAGGAUCAACGGCCAACUAUUCAAGUAACUUGGAAACGAUUAGCAAAAGAAAUGGAUUCAUCAAAACCUCCUAUUUGAAGAAAUAAAGUUUGUGUCUUUUUUUUUU